AUGAAGGACGGCUUCGUGAAGACUUGGCCGCGAAGGCUUUUGCAGCUGGAAGGCGCCUGCAUAUUCGGCUCGACCAUCUGGGCCUAUUCACGUUCCAGACAGUCGUGGUGGACGUUUGCCGCCCUCCUACUGACCCCAGACCUGGGCAUGGCUGGAUAUCUCGCCAACACUCGGGCCGGCGCUGUCUUGUACAACACCUUUCACACGGAAACGCCUCCCAUAUUGUUGCUAUGCUUUGGAUUGGCACGAGAUAAUAAGACCCUCACUGGUUUGGCUUUGAGUUGGCUCGCACACAUCGGGAUGGACCGUAUGCUGGGCUAUGGUCUGAAGUACGGGACAGGGUUCGGCCACACACACUUGGGCGACCUGGACUUUUCUGGCAAGACGGAUGACAAGACUAGCGCAUCUCAGUAG